CGUCUCCACCAUGUCGCCUGUCGACCCUUAACACGAGUGUUAAUUAUCAAAGUUGGGUGUAUAUUUGUCAUAAGUGUAAAUUAAAGGCAUUACAUUAAAUAAUAGAACAAAACUUUAAAACCGCAUAUAUGUAUAUAAUCUUGUUGAUACUACGUGAAAAACACAUUCCUAAACGUGUCGCGCGCACGCACACGCCACGUGCGAGCUAUAUUUUCUACUAGAAACGGAAGAACACACAUCUGUUGAACACGCUACGCAGGAAACGUCUUGUUAAAGUACUUAGCUGCAGCUUCCAUUCGUAAGGCAGCUGUGAAUGCCGCUGGGAGGAGAAUCCCCACCAAGACCAAGGGGAGAUGAAAGUUUCUGCUGUAUAAUCAAUAGCAGUUUUGCAGUUCUCGCAGUCGCGUGUGUAUGUAGCUCAAGGUCGAGCAGAAUGUUGCGCGUACUAUAUAAGCUGUAUUUUAUAUCUUAUGUAUUAUUUGCUAGUGUUUUAUAACUCUUAUUGAUAUCUGUUGUAUUCAUAAUUAUAUAUUUUAUAUAAUUAUAUACAUAAUUAUUAUUUAAUAGUGCUUUUAUGAAUCACGCAUGAUCUGUCUCUGCGAAUAAGAAUCGCUGUAUCGGACUGUCGUGAUAAAUAAAACGCGGUAAAACAUUGUUCGCAAUUUUCGAAUUUAUUAAUUUAGAUAUUGGUUCUACAAUCUUUUGAUACAAAAUGUGUAAAUACUCAGUUUAUAUCAAGUUCUAAAAUAAGGCAAUGAUUCAUGUACAAUACAAACAUAUAUAUAUUUGUCAAAGGAGAAAUGAUAAGCUAUAACGUCAAAAUGAGAAAUAAAUUCAGCUUGUACCUACUUAUUAAUAAGGAGCCAAUACUAUACAAGUAGAAAACGAAUAGCUUCUUGCAAAUGAAAGGCAAAUUAGCUGACUCACAAAAGUAUUAAAAUAAUUAUAUUUAAACUAUCAUCUAAAAUGGCGGCGACCGAGAAUAACGUGGAAUUUAUACGAAAAACGUUUUUCAAAUUAACCGAAAAUUAUAUCCAACACGGGGCCAUGCUGAACGAUUUGAAAUCUAUCACGUUGACAACAAUCGAUGCGAAAAGUAUGAAUAAGAAUCGUAAUUUCUUUGUGUACUCGAAGAGAAUAUCGAUGAUGUUAUUCGCGCUCCUUUUGUACGGUAUAUUCAACGGGCACCUUAACGCGAAUAUAAUGAAGAAUUUUCGCGAGACCCGAUGCUUAUUGCCGAAUAAUUAUCUCGUGUGGGAAUUCACGAGAUCGGUAUCGGAUUGCGAUUACUGCCGCGACGUCGAAGCGCCGUUGAUCUUGCCGAACUUGACUAAGGAGGAAUUUCUGCGCUCUUAUUCCUACUCGUCCCGGCCUAUGAUAGUGAAGAACGCGGCCCGCGAUUGGCCGGCGCGUGACAAGUACAACCUGGAAUUUUUUCGAAAUUUGUACGAGGACACCGAGGGCGCGUACGAGUCCCUGGAAGAGGAAUGUCAAUUCUUGCGCUUGAAGAGCGAUUUCGCGAAUCUGCGCGAGGUGUUCGCGAUGAGCGAGGCGCGAUACGUGUACGGAGAGGGCGAGCGGCCCUGGUACAUCGGCUGGAAGAACUGUCAUCCGCGUAUUUUGGAUGCCAUGAAGCGGUUUUACAGCGCGCCGUAUUUCUUGCCGGACGACGCGGAAAUGCCAAAUAGCAACUAUAUCUUCGUAGGCUACGAGGACGGUGCCGUAAUGCACCUGGAUUAUAUAUCAAGACUUAUGUGGCAAGCUCAGAUAAUAGGUAGUAAAACAUGGAGUGUAGCUCCGACACCGGAAUGUGACAACGAAUGCGCAUCUUUUAAAUUUACCGUCGACGCGGCGGACAUUGUAUUGUUGGAUACGAGGAUUUGGUAUCACAGUACUCGCGUUGAAAAUGGAAAUCUUAGUCUGACAAUUACUUCCGAGUAUGGAUAGACUUGGAGGAAGCAAUUUUAUACACCUAUUUCUCUCAGAUUAUACCUAUAUUUAUAUGUAACAUACAAAUUGCUUAGACAGGACUCUAAGCAGUUAUUUUUUUAUUAUUUCGUAAAUGUUUUUGAGAUUGAAUGAUAUAUUAUAAAUAUCAAAUUUUUUUAGCAUUUCAUUUAAUGCUGUAAUUAUUGUCAUUUUUCUCUGUCAUUUGAAGAAAUAAAAUAAUAUUGUUAAAGAGAAAGAUA